AUAAAAGAGGAAGACUAGAGAAAACCAAAACACAGCAUGAGAAGCAAAAAAAACCCCGUUUAACUGCAAUGCAAUUUCGACACUCGCUUGCCAGGACCUUCAGUGCGCAUGAGAAGCGCUGCAAUCAACCAAUCGGAUGCUAACGGGCGUGGUUUAUCGAAACAUCCCCCCCCCCCCCUUAGAUUUUCACUCUAGAUUGCGGUUGACGAGAUAGGGGGAAAAGCGGACAUCGAUGCAAAUACCCCUAUUUGUUUCCGCUUCCAUCUUCCCCUCAUCACCCUCUUUCGGGCCCACGAUUCACCCAGCAGUCAGGAUAGGUGAAACCUAGUGUCGCGCUAGCUGCGUUAGUCCUUUGCCGACUCUCCUGGGGUUAUCAUCGGAACAAAGGCUGCAAGGGAACUUUUUAAGGACUCUGGCAUCCGGUACCGUGUGUGCGUGUGUUUAUACUCGGUGUAGGUGAGGUUCUUAUCAUCAACACCCACCCCCUCUGCUCCUCAUCCAGCCGAGGGGCCGACACGUGAUCGGCCGUGUGCAGCGUGUUUGUGCGAGUUAAGUGAAAGUUAGAACGAUCGGAAGUGAUUUGUAUGCAAACAGGCGUUCCGCAAACACCCAUUGUUGCACCAAUUAGGCUGACUAUUAGCAACAGGGCCGCGUCGCCAUGUAUUUACCAACGGCCACGUGGCCACGGUGGGAACUGUGGUUGUUCGGUGUGUGACGGGCUGUGUUGUGACGACUGUUUGAUCGGAUAAUCUUAAAAGGCGUGUAAAUGGCGUGCAGCAAGUGUCCCGCUUUGGGGAGAAAGGUUUAAAAUGAGUAUUUAAAAGAGUGUGUGAAGAGCACAUCGAAACAGGAUGUAAAGCAAUGUGUAGUUUUUAAGCUCGAAAGCAUUUCACCAAAGAAAAAAAAAAACGGCUCUAGUCAAGUCAAUCUAGUCACGGUUAAGUAGUCCACCCUGCCGGCCAACAUGUUUUCGAUGGAUUCGUUCGACUUUGAGGCGGUUAUGAGCCGCCAUUUGUUCGAAGGGCCGACGGUGCAUCAAAGUCAGCAACCGUUGCACCAUCUGCAGCAUCACUCCUGCCAGCAGCAGCAUCAACAGCAGCACCAGCACCAGCAACAUCAUCAGCAUCUGGACGAUGAGCAUCAUCUGACGCAUCAUCGGCAUCAGCAUGAUUUUCAUCCGGACGCACACUCGCUCGAUCAUCAGCAGCAGCAUCAGCUGCAUCAGGCGAACAAUGUCGAUUCGACCACGUCGAACAGUUCGGACUUUUUCCUUGCCGACGAUGAAAACACCACCGACAGUGAUUCGUACUGCGGGUUUAACAGCGAUCAGGAGAACAAUGAUUCCAUGAAAGAGAUCUACAGCAACGGUACGUCCAAGUACCGACGGCCCAAGUGCGCCUCCCAGCAAGCUCAACAGCGGCAGGCCGCAAAUCUGCGCGAACGGCGCCGCAUGCAAAGCAUCAACGAAGCCUUCGAAGGGCUGCGGACACACAUUCCCACCCUGCCGUACGAGAAGCGCCUCAGCAAGGUGGACACACUGAGGCUGGCCAUCAGCUACAUCUCGUUCCUGGGCGAAAUGUUGCGAAAGGACAAAAAUGGCAACGAAACCGGCACGAACGGUAUCAAGCGGGCGCCGGUGAAGGAACCACCGAAGAAGUUCAUCGUGCGUGGUGGCAGUGGCCAGACACAUUCGCUUUCCUGGCACCGGAAGGGCGACCGGAACGCGAACGGGCGCUACUUUGCCCGUAUUUGGCGACCGGAGGAUCCACGGAGCAAUCAUCGCAAUAUCGCUGCCGGCCCCUCAACGUACGCAACGAACGGAAUCUGUUAGACCGGAGGAGGCAAGGAGUCCCCCGGUUACCGUGGAGUUACCGAUGUGCAACAAAACAAUCUAGUCUUUUGCCUCCUACCGGUGUUACGAUGUUACCGGAAGGAGGGCGUUGUAAAUAAAACUUUUACUCUUAUUACUUAAUUAACCUUUCGUAGUGUAA